AUGCCUAGCAAACCUAAUACUGAUCCACCUUUUGUUAAGAGAACUAGGAAGGAAAAUGCUGACGAGCAACUCUGCGGAAAGAGAGAGAAGUUUGGUUUUGCUUGGAUCUCACUAUUUGUGAUAAUGCAAAUGGAGGAAGCUUGUAAAGGGAGGCUAAUGGAUGCAGAAGUUCUAGUCAAUGAAGCUAAUGUGUCUAAAACAGAAAUCUUGAAAAAGGUUGAAGAGGCGACUGAAGAAGUUAAAAUUACCAAAAAGGUCUUGGAAGAAUCGUUGAAUAGAGUGGAGGCGGCAAAUAAAGCUAAAUUGACAGUUGAAGAGGCACUCCGGAAAUGGAGAUCUGAGCGUGAUUCUUCGUUGCUUUACGUAAGUGAUCUGGAUUUGGUUGGUAACAAGUCAAAACCAGUUUUGAAGCCGAGUCUAUCCAUCAGGCAAAUAUUGAGCCAGAAACUGCUUCUAAAAGAAGUAUAUGAGAAUGGGAUGCAGGCAGAAUAG